AUGAAUCCGAAAUAUAGUUCUUAUUGUAAGGUCGAUAAAUCCUUCCUUGUUCAAGCGAUCUUUACCGAACAACCUGGUGUUGAUAUGAUCAGUGAUUUUCAGGGUGUCUUAUCACAUCAACAAUGUAUUAUUAACACUAACGGAGAUGGAUUGCACCAUGACACCAUGGAAAUUACAGUAGGAAGUAAUACAGAACGUAAUAGGCUGAUCCGCAUAAGCUUAUUUGGUAAAGCAGUACAUAGAUAUGAUACAACUAUGUUCUCUAAAAUGUGUGAACUUAUUCAGGAUUAUAUCGUAUUCGUCAAAAACCAACCUCCUGAGACUAGAAAAUCCCUUACGAUUGGUAUUAAUGUUAACGAAGCAUUUAAUACUAAUGAUGAUUUCGAUAUAACAUUAGAGAUCUAUUGGAAUAUUGAGAAUAUCUGUAUGUGGCCUAAAUGCAUUAGAAGUGAUGGUAUUUGCUAUAUUAUAUCUCAAAAAACAUUAGGAUUAGAAGAUAUAGAAAGUCAA